AUGAGUCACUGUGAUCAAGAGACUUUAAAUGUGGAACAAACAGAAUUUACAGUUGGUGAUGUUGUAUAUGUUGGUCCUGGGACCCAGCGGAUAGGUAAAAUAGAAUUCAUCGGAGAGACGCAGUUUGCCAGUGGAGUGUGGAUUGGUGUGAAUUUAUUUUCACCUUGUGGAAAGAAUGAUGGUUGUGUCGAUGGUGUGACGUAUUUCACUUGUAGUCCACUGCAUGGAAUAUUUUCUAAGCGUGGUAAUGUCAGACUUGCGCCAAACCCUCUACCUGAGGAAUCCUGCUCAAAAGUUGGUUCAACAAUUCCUGAUAAAGUGCCAGACAAUCAAUCAAAACAAAACAGCAUUUUAGAUGUCGAUAGUGUCUGUUCAUCCAAGGUGUCUCUAGUGAACUCUCCUGCCUGUGCAUCUGGACGAAAUACUUUGCAAAUCGGUGAUCAUGUUCAGGUUUCUGGAGGUCGAAUUGGUAUCCUCAGAUAUCUUGGGCCUACAGAGUUUGCUGUUGGUGAAUGGGCUGGUGUUGAGUUGGAUAGCCCUAUUGGGAAGAACGAUGGCUCAGUUUCUGGCGUACGAUAUUUUACUUGUAAACCAAAUCAUGGCUUGUUUGCAGCCGCUAAUAAAGUUGUACCUGCCGGUAGUAAGGCUGAAUUUUUCACAUCUGGUUUUGAUGCAUCAAAAAACAGUCAAACUCGCCGGAGUCAAGAAUCGUUACUAUCCUAUUCAUCCAAUUUGAGUUCAGUAUCUCGCUCUUAUCGUCUAAAUCAAGUUAAUAAUGGAUUACAGAGUCGUAAUGGUGUAGCUGGUAAUCGAAGACCGAUAUCAUCAAUGAACACUCCAAAUCGUCGAGAAUCUACAUCUAAUUUACAAACACUACAGCGUUUAGUCAAGGAAAAAGAAGCACAUAUCGAGAAACUUUUACAAGAACGUGAAAUGGAACGUUCUGACUUAGCUAAAGUUACUUUAGAAAGAGAAAUGGCUCAAGCUGAAACAUUGAAUCAGCAAGCUGUGAUACAACAAUUGAACCAACAAUUAGAAAAUAUGGAAGCUGUUCUUCAACAUUUACGCGAUGAACAUGAGCAAACAACAAUUAAGCUACAUGAAGAACGAAAAAAUCUUGAAGAUUUACAAUUUCGAAUAGAAGAAGAAAACAUUGACAAGAGCACGACUGAAUCACAGAAUGCAGACGAUGAAUCGAAAAUAUUUGAACUGGAAGAAGCUUUAAUGUCAGCUCGUGAAACGAAUGAACGUAUGGAAUUAGAAUUAAAUAAAUUACGAGUAGAAUUAAAUGAUCUUUUACAAAAACAAACGAAUGUGUCAAAUCGAAGUGAUGAAAACAAAUCUCAAAUUCAGGGAAAACCAUCUCUCCAAUUCACUGGGCUUGUAUCUGAGACAUCUAUUACUCCAACUGAAAACGAAGGCGAGUCUUUCCAAAAUGAAUGUGAACGGUUGCGUAAUUUGUUGGCUGAGCGUCAGGCUGAAGCAGAAAUUAUGCUAAAGCAUCAAGCUGAAACAAUUGAGUCAUUAACGGUUGAGUUUAAUGGACAAGUUGAAAAACUAAAUUGUCAGUUGCAGAACUCUUCAAAUGAAAUUCAAGCAUUCAAAAACGAGAAUAAUUUACUGAAACAACAGAAUAAUGAAUUAGUCCUAAGUUUAAAGAGUCAAAUUGAUCAAUUAAAUAAACAACUGACAGAACAAGAAAAAAUUGCUAAUGAAAAAUUAUCCAUGUUUGAAAAUCGGAUUAAAGAGUUGAAUCACUUAUUAGAAGCAGAGAAAACUAAAUCAACUUCAUCUUCUAAUCAGUCCCAGAUGACCAGUGAAAAUUUGAACAAACUAAAAGACCAACAAAAUAAAACUAUGCAAGAGUUAACUGAUUAUCAGAAUAAUGUUUUAUCGGCUGCCGAAUCAUUUCAUUCUGUACAAAUAGAAGAAGUGAAUAAUUUACAAUUAAUUAACAAAAUCAAUAAUGAUGAUGUUGAUGCUGUUACUAAUCAAGAGACUAUUCAGUUAUUAUUGGAAAAACUUAAAGUACAAGAAGAACUAUUCAAUGAACAAAAAGAUCAAUUGCUUAAUAUUCAACUACAAACUAUAGCACUGAAUCAAGAUAAAGAGAAUUCUAACAAUAAACUUAAUGAGGUUGAAAAUUACUUAAAUAAAUUAAAAAUAGAAUUGAAUGAAUCUAGAAUAAAACAAGAAGAAUUACUUACUGAAUUAAAUAGUGCCCAUUUGAAACGUGAUCAAUUAGUUGAAGAUAUUUCUAAAGUUCUAGGUGAUUUAUCUUUAACUGGAAAUGCAGAGAAUUUAUCAACAAUUUUAUGUAACCGUAUUAAUGAUUUAAAAGAACAAAUAUCCGGACAGGAAAAAGUUCGUCAAGAUUUAGAAAAAUAUUGUCAAACACUAGAAAGUGAGCGUAAUGAUCUUGAGAGUGAGCUGACAAGAAUCAAUGUGACUUUGAAAAAUUCCAGUGAAAUACAAAUGGAUAAUUCAACCUUGAAAGAAGAACUUGAUAAUGCACGACAAAAAAUGUUUUCAUUAGAGAAAAGUGCUUCUAAUGCAUUUAGUCAACUUGAAAUCAAAUCGAAUGAAUUACAAACUAUUCAAUCACAGUUGGAUAAAGUUCUAAAUGAACAAAUGGAGCUUGAGAAAGUACACAACCAUACCAUAACAGCUUUAGAAUCUGAGAAACAAGUAUUGUUGGAGCGAAUUAAAGAGGCAGAAAAUCGUUUACUUGAACACCAACCAAAUUCGUCAACUGAGCUUAGUAAGAUCGUACCCAUUCAUAAUAUCAGUUAUUUGUAGAAUGAUUGAUAAAGUUUGAUUAUUUAAGUGGAUUUUUUAAAUGUUUUUAUGAUUGUAAAUGAUAAAAUGUUUUAGAUUGUAAUCAUCGAUGCUCGUUCAAAUUUCAGUCAAGCUUAGUGUAAAUGUGAUAAUAAAAAAUGCGCUGUUAUCCUACAGUCUUAAAAUCAUUAGGAAAUGUUAUAAGGUAAUAAACAUCUGAAUUUGGAAUGUUUUUCUCAUAGAGCAUGUUUCUAAUCAACACAUGCCACUUCGUUCAUAUUAUGAAUAACCCGAUACGCAAGUCCAACUCGGCGAUUUACAAAGAAAUGUUAGUAGCAUAUGAGCUGACACUGAAGACAGAGAAGAGUAGCGAAAUACUAAGUUUAACGUGGUGGUUAAAUACUCACAGUGAUUUCAUCAGAUCUAUUAUUGAGUCGAAAAAUGAAUGCAAAUCAAUGUGGACAGUCUGAUAUAAACCGAUUAAUUGAAGAAAAGGCUUCAACUGAAUCACAAGUGAAUUUUCUCAAUUCCAUCAUUGUUGAUCUACAUGCUAAAAAUGCUGAACUAGAAUCUCGUGUACGAGCAAUGCUUGUCGGAACAGAUGAACAACUAGACUUACUUUCUAAUAAACAUAUCAAAUCACGUAAUCCACCACCUACACGUCUAUGGUGUGAUAAUUGUCUUGUAUUUGAUAGUCAUGAUACAAAAGACUGCUCACAGACAAAUGGGAAUAAUCACCCACAUCAACAUUAUACCACUAAUGGUAUGAUUAAAAACUCAAUAAUCCAUGAUGAAAUCCCUAGAAAGUCAUCUUUAAAAAACUUUCAUAAAAUUUCUAAACAGAAUUCAUCUGUAACAACAACAAAUCGUUUAUACUGUGACAAUUGUGGUAUAUUUGAUGAUCAUAUAACUGAGAAUUGUACAGAUACACAAACAUUUUAAAAUUAAUCGAAUAACAUUAUGAUUAUAUGUUAAACGAAAUGUAAAUCUCCUUGUAUACCCAUGUGUUUAUUGCUGCCGACCUUUUUUUGUUCUCCAGUCUUCUGUUUUUACCAAACUCUCAUUUGUUCCUGUUAAUCUUCCUGUCUUGUUUUCUUAGACUUAUUUUGCUUAUCUUUUUUGUUUGGGAUGGGG